AGAAAGAGAAAGAGAGAAGAGAUGAAAGAGAGAGACAGGAAUGAACCUCGAAUUAGGCAACAGAGCUGCAUGCCAUAUUUCAUCCCUUUAGAUUAAAUAAACAAAUAAUUACCUAACUAUAGCUCUGUGUCUCUAAUAAAAUGAAGCAAUGAACAAGGAAAUAAAAAUGUAAUUAAAAAUCCCACAUAUGAACAUAAAAGUUGAAUAUUGUAGGGGGAGAGAGAGGACAUUAUCUUUGGGCAAAACUUUGAUUCACAUCCCAAAUAUUUAGACUCUCCUGACACUACCAACUUCUUCCAUUUCCCUACUUGAUCUAGUACUGUGCUUGAUGACCCUGCAGCUCCAGACUAGACUAAAAAGAGAGGGGACACAAGGGAACUUGACAGAUGGAAGAAAAAGGUGGGUUCAGAGGUAAAAGUGCUAUUUCAAUUUAUAUUUCCAAAUAUGGAGGCUAAUUCUUGCUUUGAGUGGCUGGGUACAUGUACUAUGGCACUAAAGUAUAAUUUUAGGCCAUUUCUGCUAAAUCUGACACAAGAUAUAUACAUGGUUCAUAAGAAACUUAAGUGUGAGCCAACGAGGACAAUAUUUGGGGACCCCUAAGUAUAGUGCUGCCAAGUGUACGGCCUCAGUGAUUCUUGAAUCUCUGCAUGGAUGCCUCCUGCCCACCUACUCAGCCCUAAAAGUGAAGCCAGAAGGUAAAAGUCAGUGCUAACAGCCCAUCUUUGACCAACUUCUAGAAUCUUUCUUGUCCUCAGGGACCUACGAUCCACACCUGCUUAUAGGGUGGGGGCUGCAGAAGUUCUUCUAAUUAAGGUAGCAUGAGCAUGCCAGGCAGUCCCCUGGGGUCUUUUUCAAGAAGUGAAACCUGGUAAGGCAGAAACUUUUUUUGCACCUCCUUCAGCUAUGGUAAGUGUUAAACCAAAGUAAUUGGAGCGAAGCCCAAGGUAGCAGAAGCUACUGAUUUCCUGUCACCUGAUGUCUAUCAGCGAUUUCAUCUUCAGGCCUGGACUACAUCACUCACCCUCCCAGUGUGCUUGAGAAACAAACUGCACCCACUGAACUCCGCAGCUAGCAUCCAAAUCAGCCCUUGAGAUUUGAGGCCUUGGAGACUCAGGAGUUUUGAGAGCAAAAUGACAACACCCAGAAAUUCAGUAAAUGGGACUUUCCCAGCAGAGCCAAUGAAAGGCUCUAUUGCUAUGCAAUCUGGUCCAAAACCACUCUUCAGGAGGAUGUCUUCACUGGUGGGCCCCACACAAAGCUUCUUCAUGAGGGAAUCUAAGGCUCUGGGGGCUGUCCAGAUUAUGAAUGGGCUCUUCCACAUUGCCCUGGGGGGUCUUCUGAUGAUCCCAGCAGGGAUCUAUGCACCCAUCUGUGUGACUGUGUGGUACCCUCUCUGGGGAGGCAUUAUGUAUAUUAUUUCCGGAUCACUCCUGGCAGCAACGGAGAAAAACUCCAGGAAGUGUAUGGUCAAAGGAAAAAUGAUAAUGAAUUCAUUGAGCCUCUUUGCUGCCAUUUCUGGAAUGAUUCUUUCAAUCAUGGACAUACUUAAUAUUAAAAUUUCCCAUUUUUUAAAAAUGGAGAGUCUGAAUUUUAUUAGAGCUCACACACCAUAUAUUAACAUAUACAACUGUGAACCAGCUAAUCCCUCUGAGAAAAACUCCCCAUCUACCCAAUACUGUUACAGCAUACAAUCUCUGUUCUUGGGCAUUUUGUCAGUGAUGCUGAUCUUUGCCUUCUUCCAGGAACUUGUAAUAGCUGGCAUCGUUGAGAAUGAAUGGAAAAGAACGUGCUCCAGACCCAAAUCUAACAUAGUUCUCCUGUCAGCAGAAGAAAAAAAAGAACAGACUAUUGAAAUAAAAGAAGAAGUGGUUGGGCUAACUGAAACAUCUUCCCAACCAAAGAAUGAAGAAGACAUUGAAAUUAUUCCAAUCCAAGAAGAGGAAGAAGAAGAAACAGAGACGAACUUUCCAGAACCCCCCCAAGAUCAGGAAUCCUCACCAAUAGAAAAUGACAGCUCUCCUUAAGUGAUUUCUUCUGUUUUCUGUUUCCUUUUUUAAACAUUAGUGUUCAUAGCUUCCAAGAGACAUGCUGACUUUCAUUUCUUGAGGUACUCUGCACAUACGCACCACAUCUCUAUCUGGCCUUUGCAUGGAGUGACCAUAGCUCCUUCUCUCUUACAUUGAAUGUAGAGAAUGUAGCCAUUGUAGCAGCUUGUGUUGUCACGCUUCUUCUUUUGAGCAACUUUCUUACACUGAAGAAAGGCAGAAUGAGUGCUUCAGAAUGUGAUUUCCUACUAACCUGUUCCUUGGAUAGGCUUUUUAGUAUAGUAUUUUUUUUUUGUCAUUUUCUCCAUCAGCAACCAGGGAGACUGCACCUGAUGGAAAAGAUAUAUGACUGCUUCAUGACAUUCCUAAACUAUCUUUUUUUUAUUCCACAUCUACGUUUUUGGUGGAGUCCCUUUUGCAUCAUUGUUUGAAGGAUGAUAAAAAAAAAAUAACAACUAGGGACAAUACAGAACCCAUUCCAUUUAUCUUUCUACAGGGCUGACAUUGUGGCACAUUCUUAGAGUUACCACACCCCAUGAGGGAAGCUCUAAAUAGCCAACACCCAUCUGUUUUUUGUAAAAACAGCAUAGCUUAUACACGGACAUGUCUCUGCCUUAACUUUUCCUAACUCCCACUCUAGGCUAUUGUUUGCAUGUCUACCUACUUUUAGCCAUUAUGCGAGAAAAGAAAAAAAUGACCAUAGAAAAUGCCACGAGGUGCCCAAAUUUCAAAUAAUAAUCAACAUUUAGUUAUAUUUAUAAUUUCCAGAUGACAAAGUUUUUCAUCAAAUAACUUCAUUUGAUGUUCCAUGAUCAAGAAAGAAUCCCUAUCUCUAUUUUACAAGUAAUUCAAAGAGGCCAAAUAACUUGUAAACAAGAAAAGGUAACUUGUCAACAGUCAUAACUAGUAAUUAUGAGAGCCUUGUUUCACAACCAGGUCUUCUUACUCAAAUCCUGUGAUGUUUGAAAUAACCAAAUUGUCUCUCCAAUGUCUGCAUAAACUGUGAGAGCCAAGUCAACAGCUUUUAUCAAGAAUUUACUCUCUGACCAGCAAUAAACAAGCACUGAGAGACACAGAGAGCCAGAUUCAGAUUUUACCCAUGGGGAUAAAAAGACUCAGACUUUCACCACAUUUGGAAAACUACUUGCAUCAUAAAUAUAUAAUAACUGGUAGUUUAUAUGAAGCAGACACUAAGUGCUAUAGACACUCUCAGAAUAUCAUACUUGGAAACAACGUAAUUAAAAUGCCGAAUCUGAGUCAACAGCUGCCCUACUUUUCAAUUCAGAUAUACUAGUACCUUAUCUAGAAAUAAUGUUAACCUAGGGUGAAGUCACUAUAAUCUGUAGUCUAUUAUUUGGGCAUUUGCUACAUGAUGAGUGCUGCCAGAUUGUGGCAGGUAAAGAGACAAUGUAAUUUGCACUCCCUAUGAUAUUUCUACAUUUUUAGCGACCACUAGUGGAAGACAUUCCCCAAAAUUAGAAAAAAAGGAGAUAGAAGAUUUCUGUCUAUGUAAAGUUCUCAAAAUUUGUUCUAAAUUAAUAAAACUAUCUUUGUGUUCUUUUCUGCAA